GGGGAGGAAAAGGGCCGGAGAUCCCCCCGCAGGAGGGUCUCCAAAGCCAUCCCAGGGUGUUCUGAGGAGGAAAGACCCAGCCUGUGCCAGGAAGGUGGCCGGAGCUUGAGGCAGAGCUCUGACCUGGUGGUCCCUGAGCAGCCUCCCAGCAGGGAGAAACCCUUCAGGUGCUUGGAAUGUGGGAAGAGCUUCAGCCGGAGCACCACCCUCCUCAGCCACCAGCACAUCCACACUGGGGAACGACCCUACACGUGUGGGGAAUGUGGAAAGAGCUUCAGACGAAGCUCCACCCUCCGGAAACACCAGCAGAUCCACACUGGGGAACGGCCCUACAUGUGUGGGGAAUGUGGGAAGAGCUUCAGGGACAGCUCCAACCUCCUCACCCACAAGCGCAUCCAUACUGGGGAACGGCCCUACACAUGUAGGGAAUGUGGGAAGAGCUUCAACUGCAGCUCCCACCUACGCAACCACCAUCGUAUCCACACCGGGGAAUGGCCCUACGCGUGUCAGGAGUGUGGGAAGAGCAUCAGUGACAUCUCCACCCUUCACAGUCACCAGGGCAUCCACACUGGGGAACGACCCUACACGUGUGGGGAGUGUGAAAAGAGCUUCAGGACGAGCUCCAGCCUCCUUGCCCACCAGCGCAUCCACACUGGGGAACGGCCCUACAAGUGUGGAGAAUGUGGGAAGAGGUUUCAGACCAGCUCACAUCUCCUCCAGCACCAGUGGACACACACGGAUGAGAGGCCCUUCCACUGCACCGACUGCGGGAAGGGCUUCAACCAGAAUGGCAACCUCAUCACCCACAAACUCAUCCACACCGGGGAACGGCCCUACAAGUGCUUGCAAUGUGGGAAGAGGUUUCAGACCAGCUCACAUCUCCUCAGGCAUGAGCAGACGCACACGGAUGAGAGGCCCUUCCGCUGCACCGACUGCGGGAAGGGCUUCAAGCAGAAUGGCAACCUCGUCACCCAUCAGCGCAUCCACACCGGGGACAGGCCCUACAAGUGUGGGGAGUGUGGGAAGGGCUUUGCCCAGAGCUCUGCCUUGACAAGACACCAACGGACCCACCGGUAAGAGAAGUGCUACGAGUGCCCCGACUGCGGGAAAAGCUUUGACUGCUGCUGCAACUCCAUCAGCCAUUGAAGGACCUCCAUUGGGUGAUCCGCAGGGACCCACGUU